AUGUUUAUGCUCCGCAACGUGAGCAAGUUUUUGUUCGGUGACGCUUCGAAAGAAUCCAUCAUUGAAAUCCCCCAAGGCGAGCUGUAUCUAGUCCGCCCUCAGUCGCCUAAGGGUUACUCGGAGCUUAUCUUCAAGGACGCCGUCGCAACAAUCCGACGUACCGGUCAGGACUUUCAAUACCAGCUUGUGGUUCAGAGAGCCUACGAAGAGGGCGAGGAAGAACUUGCGGACGACGACGGUGAACAGGGUGGCGGCGACAGCUUGGACAAGGACGAGAAAGUUUUCCUUCUCGACCAGGGCCUUCAUUUCCGCUCCGAGCUUCGUGACGGCGGAGAAAAGAUUUUGGCUUGGGAUGAUCUGAGCGGUGACCCAGGUGACCUUUUUGAGUUCAUCUGCGAUUCUUCUGUCCCAUCUGACAAGGUUGCCACCUUUGAACUUGCUGCCUUCCAGUGCCAGUACGAACGCAAAUUCCGCCGCAGCGCCCAGAAAGCCACCGAGGACGAGCUACAGGAAUUCUCAUACAGUGAAGAGAAGCCUAUUCCUUCUGCCAGCCCAGUCUCGUCCCCAGCAACAAAGUCACACGUGCCUCCCCCGACAUCUGAGGAUUCCGCUGCAACUAUGGCCAAGGACGUGGAAUAUGCCCAGUCCAAGGGACAAGUGAAGGCCCCUAUCCUCGAGGAAGAGGUGACCACUGCCCCUCCUUCUGCAGCCCACCCUGAGGUCAAAGAAAUUCUUUGCAAAGAAACUGCCGAGCUCCAUUUGUUCGACUUCUCCACUGGCACAUUUGUUCAGCAGGAGUCUGAGGUGGUUGCCUCUGUCUCUGAGGUUGGCACUUGGCAGUACUGGCUUCAGAUCACUGGCAAUGACAAAGAAUGGCUCGGACAGGCUGUUGUGGCCGAUAUUAACCCAGUUUUCAACUUCGAAUACCUUUCCUUCAUCUUCAAUCACUACGGCGAAGAUGGUUCGGCUUACUCAUGGCUGUUGCGUUUCAAGAACCAGCCUUCCGAGGAACGGUUCCAGGAAGGCUUGAUGCAGGCACUAUGGGAACAGUUGAAUGAAAUGAAGUGGACCAAGGUCAAGGAGAAUGACCGAGACUAUGUGCUUGAUGCUUUCCAGGAUCUCACCAUGGAGGAUGCUGAUGCUGCCCUUGAGGAGGCCGAAGAGGAGGAAGAAGACGCCGAAGAAGAGGAAGAUAAUGACAAGGAUGAUGCUCAGCAUAGUGAGCACUAUGAUAGUGACGAAGAGGAGGAAGACGUGGUCACUCGCGAUGCGGAUGGGAACGUGAACUCUCAAUUGGCUGUUGGAUACAAGCACGAUCGGUCGUUUGUGGUUCGCGGUUCCAAGAUCGGUGUCUUCAAGCACACUCCCCACAACAAUCUCGAGUUUUCUACUACCAUCUCGAAGGUGGAGACCCCUAAGGGUGGUCUAUUCAGCCCUAAGAAGGUUAUGCUCCACGCUGAGGAUCAAAACCUGAUUCUCCAGAAUGGAAAUGAUCCAAACUCCCUGUACAAGAUGGACUUGGAGUAUGGCAAGAUUGUCGACGAAUGGAAGGUUCAUGAUGACAUUGCUGUGGAGACCUUUGCUCCUGAGAACAAAUUCGCUCAAAUGACUGCCGCCCAACCCUUUGUUGGUGUCUCAAAGAACGCGUUGUACCGCAUUGAUCCUCGUCUUGCCGGUAACAAGCUUGUUGAUUCGGACUUGAAGCAAUACGCCAGCAAAAAUGACUUCUCGGCUAUGGCGACCACGGAGAAGGGCUACCUCGCUGUCGCCUCGAACAAGGGCGAUAUUCGCAUGUUCGACCGUCUUGGAAUCAACGCAAAGACACACAUUCCUGCUCUUGGCGAGCCCAUCAUCGGUCUCGAUGUGUCUGCUGACGGACGCUGGGUGUUGGCCACUUGUCGUACAUACCUGCUGCUGAUUGACUCCCUGCAAAAGGAAGGUAAGAAUGAAGGAAAGCUCGGGUUUGAGCGUGCAUUCGCAAAGGACUCAAAGCCCCAGCCGCGCCGCCUUGGCCUACAGCCCGCCCACGUCGCGCAGUUCCAGCAUGAAACCAAGCAGCCUCUGUCAUUCACCCCAGCCCGAUUCAACACCGGUGUUGACUCAACUGAAACCUCCAUCAUUACUGCCACUGGUCCCUUCAUCAUCACCUGGAACAUGAAGAAGGUCGUUGCAGGCCGCAAGGAUCCGUACACUAUCAAGCGCUACGGUGAGAAUGUCAUGGCCGACAACUUCAGAUUUGGCUCCGAUAAGAACGUCAUUGUUGCCUUGCCAAACGAGGUCAACAUGGUUGCCAAGCGUUCCUUCCAGAAGCCCACUCGUGAGUCUAUUGCUGGUCCUGCUACGCCCAAGCGAGGACGUGGCUGGGGCAGUCGCCUCGGCAGAGAUGACAUUGUCAACUCUCCCUAUUAA